AUGUAUUGAUUUAUUUUUUGUUCGUGCCUAUCUACUACUUGCCUGCCUAUCGGUCUCCUCCCCUUUCUUUCCCGUCUCUCGUCCUAGGUAUGAGUAUGGCAUGAGGAGUAUAUGUCAUAGCAAUGAAUCUCUCCUAACUUGUAAACGAACACACAAUAUCAUCAUCACUUGAUUCAUGCAUGCAAAGUGGUGUCAAUGUGCCAACGUGCCAAUGUGCCAGUGUGCAUGCAACCUGUCGGCCAGCAGACCGAGCCAGCCAGCCAGCCAGCCAGCGAGCGAGCGAAUCUGCCAAUCUGCAAGACACGAGGAAAAGAGAAGAAAAAGAAAAAGACAGAGACAGAGACAAAGACACAAAGAACAAGACACAAAAAAGCGUUAAGAAAAUCCAAGAAAGUAAAAACAAGACAAAAACGAGAGCAAUAUUUGUCAAAAAAAAAACCCUCCCCCAAUCGUCGUCACACUGCAGAAACUGGUCGGUGCCAAAACCAAAAAAAAAGCCCGGAAGCCAAAAACUCAAAAAACUCUAAAAGCCGAAAGCCAAGAAUGUAAAAUAACGUGCCUAGGAGGAGGAGGGGCUGGGAUGCAAUUGCAAUACAUACAUAUGGAAAGACAUACGAUAUAAUUACAUGACAUACAAUUCCUUCUUCUUCUUC